AUGUGGAAUUCCUCAUUUGGAAUUUAAAAGAAUAGAUUUGUUUGUCACUUUAUUAGUACUAGGUUGUAGUUGUAGUUCUUUGUAACAUAAUAAACAAACGAACCACUUAUAAACUUGCCUAUUCGUUGUGACACAAUUGAACUCCGAUGAACAAUUCUUAAUAAGGAGAACACAAAAUUUUGAAUUACACCAUGGUAAUACGAGUGCUGAUAUAACUGCAAUUGUAUAGCUUUUUAAAAUGGUCCAACCCAUAUUGAUUGAACCACCGGAAAUUAGUGGUCAUUUUUUGCUGUCAAUCCAAAAUCUUGUUUGUAUUGUAAACCCUACUUUCGUACUUUUUUUUGUUUUCUUGCUUUCUUUAUUUUCCACGGCCUACCACAUUCCUUCCUGUAUAUGUUACACAGGGUUUUCCGUUAGAUCUCUACAUCUUUCAUUACGAUCAAGAGAUAAUUUAUUCUUUGGAAUCUUUAUUAUUAUAGACUUUUAUACUUCACUCAUAUUAACAAUACAUUUUUUUUCUUUAAUGGUUUAUAGACAUUAAAUUCGAUAAUAUCAAUUAUACCAUUACCCCUUAUACCAUAACAUACACCGUCUACAUAUAAAUAAAUACAUAUAAUGCAUAGACAUAAACAGAUUGGAAUGCAAGAAACGAAAUAUCGCCGGCUGGUGGAACUUAAUCAAAGACUUCGUGAGGAUCUAGAUCGUCCCCGAGU